UUUGUCCCAUUUCCGGGUCCCUUUUGCCCCAGAAUCGCACGAAUUUCCCCCCUUCUCUCUCUCUCUCUCUCUCAUACAAGCAAGUACAAUACAACAACAUAUAGUGUUGUGAAUGGUGCAAUUGCGGGCAAGGAGAAAUGAUGUUUGAUGAAAUCAAAAUGAUUGGGGAAGAAAAGGAGGUGGUGGCGAAUUUGGGAAAAGUGUUGAAAUUGGUGAAGAAAAUAAGAUUGUUGGAGGCAAUAGUGGUGGUGCCUCUUGGAAUCGGAGUGCUGCUGGCCUACCAUCUGUGGCUGAUGAUCACAAUCAAACGCAACCCGAGAAGAACUGUGAUUGGUCUCAAUGCCGAGAGCCGCCGCAUCUGGGUUUCCUGUAUGAUGUCUGAUCCAAUAAAAAACGGUGUAUUGGCGAUCCAGACCAUACGCAACAACAUAAUGGCAUCAACGCUCUUAGCCACAAUCGCCAUCACUCUCAGCUCCCUAAUAAGCGUCUAUGUCAGCAACGAAUCGAGCUCCUGCGAAGGCCUGAACAUCUCCACCGUCUCCUCUGUCAAAUUCUCCGCGGUCCUCAUCUGCUUCCUCGCGGCCUUCCUCUGCAACGUGCUGUCCAUAAGGUACUAUGCGCACACCAGCUUCCUCGUGACUGUCCCCACCUACAGGGACCGCAAGGACGCCAUUGAGUACGUAGCGACCAACCUCAACCGGGGCGGCCUCUUCUGGUCGCUCGGCCUGAGGGCGUUCUACCUCUCCUUUCCUCUCUUCGUCUGGGUUUUCGGCCACAUACCCAUGUUUGUGUGCUGCUGUGUGAUGUCGUGUAUACUCUAUUUUCUUGAUACGACAACCAAUUUUACGAGGGAUUUGUAUAGUCAAUCUGUGAAUGGUGGUGAGGACUUGGAGCCUGCUGCUGUUCAGCCUGCUUGAUUUGUGUUGUUUCAUCACUUUGAUUUGGUGAGAGAGUUUGCAAGAUUUGGUUGAUGUGGUUUGAAAGGGUUGAUGACAUAGAGUAAUACAUUGAGUUGUUAA